UUCCUAUCCAGUCCCAACAGAUCCAGCGGGGACAGAAUGUGGUUCUCGGAGAACGCGGCAGUUCCACGACUCUUCUCCCAAACUUCCUGAAGUCUUUCCCCCAAACUGCGUGGAUUUCUUUUAUCCCAGUGUUCUUGUUCUCGUUUCAAGGAAGACAAACACCGCCCGGUUGGAUUAAAAACGUGUCAAGGAAUAAUUUGUUUUGUCGUUAAAUGUGUCAGGCAGCAGCUGACGUCCUCAUGCCCUGCCCUGUGACUCCUGCUUGGCCUGCUGAGCCCAUCAUAGGUGCUUGUGUGUCUGUUCUGGGCUGCAGCGACUGAGCGCUGGUGUCGGCCCCUGCUGGUGCCGGUGGAGGCGGGUGGUGAGAGGGCCCAGAGCCCCGGAAGCAGGCGGAGGGGCCUGUCCUGUCGCAGCCACACGAAGAUGAACAAACUGAACUUCCACAACAACAAAACCAUGCAGGACCGUCGCUGUGUCUGUGUUUUUCUGCCCAAUGAUGACACACUCAAUGUCAUAGUCAAUGUGAAGACUUUGUGCCAGGAACUGUUGGUCCAGGUGUGUGACCUUCUGAGGCUGAAGGAUUGUCACCUGUUUGGUCUCAGCGUCAUUCAGAAUAAUGAACACAUCUAUAUGGAGCUGGAUCAGAAACUGUCCAAAUACUGUCCCAAAGAAUGGAAGCGAGAAGCCAGCAAGGGAAUCGACCAGUUUGGUCCUCCUAUGAUCAUUCACUUCAGAGCCCAGUAUUACGUGGAGAACGGAAGAUUAAUCAGUGACCGUGUAGCCAGGUACUACUACUACUGGCACCUGAGGAAACAGGUGCUGCUCUCUCAGUGUAUUCAGAGAGAGGAGGCCUACUUCCUCCUGGCAGCGUUCGCCCUGCAGGCCGACCUCGGCAACUUCAAACGCAACAAGCACUUUGGGAAGUACUUUGAACCGGAAGCCUACUUCCCUCCGUGGGUGAUCACUAAACGUGGUCGUGAGUACAUCCUGAGGCACAUCCCAAACAUGCACAAGGACCAGUUUGCUCUCACAGCUUCAGAGGCUCACCUCAAAUACAUCAAGGAGUGUGCACAGCUCGAUGAUGUCACUGUCCACUACUACAGACUCUACAAGGACAAGAAAGAAGUAGAGGCGUCUCUCACGUUGGGACUGACUUUACGUGGAAUUCAAAUAUUCCAGAACGUCGGCUCAGUGAGGCAGCUGUUGUACGACUUCCCCUGGACCAACGUGGGCAAACUGGUAUUCGUGGGGAAGAAGUUCGAAAUCCUCCCAGACGGACUCCCCUCGGCCCGCAAACUCAUCUACUACACGGGUUGUCCGAUACGCUCCCGCCACCUCCUGCAGCUGCUCAGUAACAGCCACCGGCUCUACAUGAACCUGCAGCCUGUUCUCAAACAAGUCCGUCGCCUGGAAGAAAACGAAGAGAAGAAACAGUACAGGGAGUCGUACAUCAGCGAUGCUCUGGAACUGGACAUGGACCACCUGGACAAGCGUUCCCGGGCCAGCGGCAGCAGCGCGGGGAGCAUGUCCCAUCACAAGCGCCUGUCCCGUCACUCCACCACCAGCCACGGCAGCUCGCACACCUCGGGCAUUGAGACGGACAGCUUCAGGGCCCCGGGUCAGGCGCCGCACAGGCCGCUGCGAACCUGCAGCUCGUCCACGACCAGCCACGGGAGCUCGCACACGUCCGGCAUCGAGAGCAGCGGCAAGGAGCGAAUACUGGACGAUGACGAGAUUGAGAUGCUGGUGGACGACCCCAAAGAUUAUGAAGAGCUGCAUGAGAUGGCUCUGGACCAGGAGCUGUGUAUCCACAUCACUGAGGACAUGCUGACAAAGUCUCCUGAUCAGACAAAUGGAUACUCUGGACUGAUAGUGAAAGACGUCAGCUCCUCCACAUCCAGCUCCUCCGAGACCGUGGUCAAGAUGAGAGGACAGAGCAUCGAGUCUCUGCCGCAGACGUCUGCAUGCAGGAAGCCCGACUCCUCCACCGACCGGCACAGCCAGUCUCUCGACGACAUCCGUCUCUACCAGAAGGACUGCCUGCAGUGGGCGGAGCUGUGCCAGGACACCGCCCACAGCUACACGUUCGGCUGCGCUCAGGAGCUGAGCGACGGCAGCAGCUACCAGGGCCUGGCCGACCAGCGCGGCGGCAUGCUCGGCGACCAGCACCCGUUCCCCAUCAAGAGAACCAACAAGUACUUCUCCCUGGACCUGACCAACGACGAGGUCCCCGAGUUUGUGGUGUGACGGAGACGCAGACGCGGCAACCUUACGGUGACCUUUUGUCACCUCUGUGUCAGAUGUGGAGGUUUUUUCAGCCCUCAGGGAACGAGACUGCAGGGGAGCGAUGGAUGGGGGGGAGAUGAGUGAACUGGCAACAUCUUCAGUUGCCACUUUGGCCGAAUGACACAC